UAGAACUACGAGGUGACAUGAUAACAAGCUAAAGCUAAAAUCGCGGAUUAAUUUCGAAAGCAUUGAACGUCAGUUGGUUAUGGAAGCACAAUUACUAUAACUGCAAAAAAUGUCUAUCAUCCUCUCACCAAAAUUCAACGUAUUUUGGAUAAAUUUUCAAAGAAAUCGGCUAAUCCUAAAUUCAGCCGAGGGGACAUUCCGUUGCCUCCGAAGCCCGGAUCUCACGCCACUGAGGAUACCUUGGCCGGAUGACCCACAUCUCAAUGAUGUUAUUUUGAAAAAAUUAAAUUUCCAUGUGUCUACUUGAAAAAAUAUAAAUUACCUUCC